AAUUUGGUUGUACACAUGCGCGCGUUAGAGGGUAGAAAAGAAAAACAACGCAAGAGAUUUUUUUGCACAUAUUUCGUGGAAUUUGUACCAAAAUGGGCCUAAAGAAACCCCUUCCUGGGAAUCCACUUGUUUUCCUGGACAUCCGUAUAAAUGAGGAAAGAGUGGGACGAAUGGUCAUUGAGCUACGGAGGGAUGUGGUUCCCAAAACAGCUGAGAACUUCCGUCUCCUGUGCAGGGGUGAGAUUAAAGGUACAUCCGGGAAGGUGUUGACGUAUAAAGGAACGAAAUUCCGUAAAGUUCAGCGGAUUUUCAUGGCACAAGGUGGUGAUGUGGGUGAAAGUAUCUAUGGACCAACGUUUGAGGAUGAGAACUUUAUUCUCCAGCAUGACGAGGGAGCUGUAUCAAUGGCAAAUUACGGAACACCAAACACCAACAGCUCGCAGUUCUUCAUCACAGCUAUCAAUUGUUCCCAUCUGGAUGGGACAAAUGUCGUCGUGGGCUACGUUCUCCGGGGUCUGGGUAUUCUGGGUGAAAUGGAGAAGUUCACAACGGACGAAGGUACCCCAACGGCGGAUAUUGUGAUUGAGAAUUGCGGAGAAAUCUACGAGGGCAUGGAUUGGGGCUUCUGUGACAACGAUGCAACAAAUGACAAACUUCCACCGUAUCCCCUGGACUGGGAUGAUUCAGUGUUGGAGUUCAAUAUCGAGCAAAUGGUGAGUAUUCUUACGAGAAUAAGAAAUGCGGGCAACUACCACUUCAAGAAUGGAAACAAUGUCGAAGCGAUAAGGCGAUACAACAAGGCCAUUCGAUACUAUCAGUUCUUUAGCAAUUCCACCACCCUAAGUGCACCUGAUCGGUGUCAACUGGAGAAGGCCAAUGCCAUUAAUUGCGUCAACAUCGCUGCCGUCCACAUGAAAUCAAAUAAUUUCGUUGAAACAAUCCAGGUAUGCAGUGAGGCACUCAAGUUGCACCCAACCAAUUCCAAGGCCCUCUUUCGCCGAGGCCAGGCUGAAAUUGAACUUAAGAACUACGAAAAUGCCAUUAGUGACCUAAAGCGUGCCUACAAUCUCGUACCCGAAUCCAAAGUUAUCCUUGACGAAUUCAAUCGGGCCAAACAAUUUCUCAUGGAGUACCGCGACAAGGAGAAAAAAUCCUUCCAGAAGAUGUUCAAGGCAUAGUUUGUGGGGUGGGUGGGUGCAUAAUUAACGUGAUAGUCCCCUCUCUCACUCACUCACUCACGUGGCUGGAAGGUUGCAUGUUGAAUAGAAAUGAGGAGAGGAAGAGUUGUUGGAUGGUGCACACAAAGUGCAUGUACGUGGUGGAAAUUUUUAACGAAUCCUCCAUAUGGAGAAUGUACGGCAGAGAGCAUCUCUCGCCACAUCUUUAAUUAAGAAUAAUGCCCAAGACACUCAUGUGUGAUAUGAACAUUUGCACUAACUUGUUGAAAUAUCGCCUGCACACAGAGAAAUCUCAAUGCACAAAUUUGCCUCCUCCUAAAUGCAGAAACUUUUUAACAUCUCGUUGAAAAAAAAAAGAAUUUAAUGCAGGGUAUUUAAAUAAACGAAAAAAACAUAUUUAUAUAAAUGCGAAUAGACAUUUUUUUUAAUUACAAGUUUGCGUGCAAAGAACAUUACGAAAAAGUUACCGAAAAUGAGUGUUCUUGAUGCGAAGGUGUUUAAAGAGAUGAAGAGAACUUCAGCAGACCAUUGUUGGUUUCAAAUCAACGGGUAUUUUUUAUCAACAGCGUACAUACAUUAUAUUAAAUAUAUAUUAGUAAUUUAAUCAUUAAAUAUUAAAUCGGAAAAAUUAUAUAUUUAGAUGUGACUGUUUAAUCACAAUUAAGUAAAAAUAAUAUAUAAAAUAUUAUUGAUGAAAGAAA